CAUGCCGCUAUGAUAAUCAAACAAAUUAGUUAGUAAGGCUGUAACAAUCCCAGGUAGGAAUUUAUGGAUUUCGAUUUUUUUAGUACCAAAGAAAUAUGGUUUUGGAUUUUUUUUUUUUUAUAUUUCUUAAAUUGUCGAGUCCCAGAAGAACUGUGGCGAGCAAAAGAGUAAGGAGUCGAUAGCUGCGGUUCGUAGAAUGAGGAGACAAGGUGAGCCAAGCCCCGACGAGACAAAAGGUGCCUCGAUGUAAUCGUGAAGGAGGUAAGCGAGAGAAAGCCACUCAGUUGCCUCUUAUGCGAGGGUCCCCAUAGGGUGCAAGAUUGCCCCCACCAAGGCCAAGUUGUCCGCAAUCGGGAAGACCUUGGAAGAGUCUGAAGCUGAUGGUAGUGGAAGUGACUGAGAGCUUCAAGUAAGUAGGCUUGGCAGUAUUCGAGUGGUAAGUGAUGCGCAUGACGUGGAGCUAUGAGUGUUAAGGUUGGGUGCCAUUCGAAGGUGUCCCAAAGCAGAGGAGAAUCGGGCACCAAGGGAGAAUGUGAAACUGAGCGAGAAGAAGUCCAACCCUACUCCUGCAAAGGUGUAACGCAAGAAGUGGAGAGAGCGUCGGUAACAUGGAAGUGAAGGAACCGUGAGUGAAGGUUCCUAGAGUAGCAACAGUCAUGCAAAGCCGAGGGUAAAAGACUUGGCGCGGAGGCCCCGAAGAAGUGUUCUCGAAGAAGAGACCACAUUACAAAAUAAAAAUGGCACGCCAACUUGUUGUUCUUGCUUUGGUUUUGAUUGCCCUCACCGGCGUGGUUUCUGCCGCCGCACCUGCUUCCGACUCUAAGGCAGCCGCCUCAUCCCCCGGUAGCAGCCCUGCAGGUGCACCAGCUGGGGCUUCUGUAGAUGGCAAUGCUGCUGGUUCCUCCCCUCCUUCUCUGGCUACAGCUCCAAGUCCUAGCGGUGGUGUCGCUCUUGAGGUCUCAGCGUCGACUAUUGUCGGAGUUGGAGCGGCCACCGUUGCUGGCUAUGUUAUGUUUUAAAAUAUAAUGGUUUUUUUAAGGAUGGAACGGGCUUUUAUUGUUUUAUUAUAUGAGGGGAAAAAGAAAAAGAAGCUGCCUUAUUAAUUAUACUGUAAUUUGAUAAAAAAAAUUUAUGAAUAAAGAGGAACUGAUGGAUGCAUCUUACAAAAAAAU